AUGUCGCUGAAUUUCGCUCGUUGGUUCGAAAAUGGAGCACUGAAGGAGGAGUGUUUUUUUUUCUGGCUCGUGUUUGUUUGCUGCCGGGGCGGACGCUGCUUCAAUCGUCAUAAAGGAGGAAAAGCUCCCAGUAAGCAUCUGACCACGAAGGCCGCCCGCAAAAGUGUUCCCUCGACCGACGGAGUGAAGAAGCCACAUUGUUACCGGCCGGGAACGGCAAGGGGAACGGAUUUCAAGAUGGAUCUGUGCUUCCAAAGUGCCACCGUUGCUGCCCUGCAGGAAGCCAGCGAUACGUACCUGUUCGGAUUGCUCGAGGACACCAAUCUAUGUGCGACCAACACCAAGCACGGCACAAUCAUGUCGAAGGAUAUCCAACUGACCCGGCGGAUCCGUUGCGAGCGUACUUAA